AUGGGUGCCAACGCGUCCGCGGCGACGUUUGCGGGGAAGACCUUCCACGAUUUUACUGUCAAUGACAUCGAAGGCAAGCCCGUGUCGCUGUCGCAGUACAAGGGCAAGGUCGUUCUCGUAGUCAACGUCGCCUCGCAGUGUGGACUCACCGAUUCCAACUACAAGGAGCUGCAGUCGGUGUACGACAAGCUCAAGGACAGAGGUCUGGAGAUUCUCGCGUUCCCGUGCAAUCAGUUUGGGUCGCAGGAGCCGGGCAGCAACGAGAAGAUCAAGGAGUUCGCGUGCUCCAGAUACCGCGCCACCUUCCCGCUUUUCGACAAGGUGGAUGUGAACGGGCCGAACGCAGCCCCAGUGUACCAGUUCCUGCGGUCGCAGAAGGGCGGAGGGCUGCUGGGUGACUCGAUCAAGUGGAACUUCGGCAAGUUCCUUGUGGACAAGGACGGCAAGGUCGUGGAGAGAUACGCUCCUACCACCUCGCCUUCCGCCAUCCAGGAUGGCAAGGUCGAGGAGAGAUACGCUCCUACCACCUCGCCUUCCGCCAUCCAGGCUGACAUUGAGAAGUUGUUGUAA